AUGGCAGGAGCAGGAGCAGGUGGUUGUGGUGGUGAUGAGUAUCAUCAGUUGGAUGGAGCUCAGCGUAUGUUACUGGACGCGAUGAAUGCACAGAUGCAACGUUUGCUGGAUCGUAACAAUCAGGAGGUCUUUGAACGACUAGAAUUAUUGGAGAACCAAGUGAAUCAGAAUGCUAGACGAACUACAGGUGGGAACAGAGGUAAUAAUGGUGGUAAUGACGGAUCGAGGCAAAAGCAGGUUGAGGGAGUAAAGCUCAAUGUUCCUCCCUUCAAAGGCAGAAGUGAUCCAGAUGCCUACCUGGACUGGGAAAUGAAGAUUGAACAUGUAUUUGCCUGCAAUGACUACACUGAAGAGCAGAAAAUCAAGCUAGUAGUAGCUGAAUUCUCCGACUAUGCCCUCAUUUGGUGGCAUAAAAACCAGAGAGAAAUGCUGAGAGAGGGAGGGCGAGAGGUAGAUACAUGGACUGAAAUGAAAAUGGUGAUGAGAAAAAGGUAUGUGCCCACUAGCUAUAAUAGAACCAUGCGACAGAAACUCCAAAGGCUGUCCCAAGGGAAUUUAACUGUGGAAGAGUACUAUAAAGAGAUGAAAAUAGCGUUAGCGAGGGCCAACAUCGAAGAGGAAUCCGAAGACACAAUGGCUCGUUUUUUGAAUGGUCUAAACCCUGAAAUCAGAGAUGUUGUUGAAUUACAGGAGUAUGUGGAGUUAGAUGAACUACUACAUAAGGCACUACGAGUUGAACAACAAAUUAGAAGAAAAAGUGCAGCAAGGAGGAACUCACCCAAUACUUACAACCAGAAUUGGGCCAACAGAUCCAAGAAGGAGGGAGGUAAUUCGUCCAGCCCAGCAGCAACAUCCCCACAUGGAAAGAGGACCAUGAUCAUGAAGGCUGAUGGAGAAGUCACUAGUGAGUCUGAAAUCAGUGAAGAAGAAGUGGAAGAAGAAGAGUAUGAGGAGGAAGCUAUACAGGGUGAUAUGAUGAUGGUUGAGGUGUGUCUCACCAUUGGGAGAUAUAAUGAUAGGGUGCUGUGUGAUGUGGUCCCAAUGGAAGCGACCCAUGUGCUGUUAGGAAGAUCGUGGCAGUAUGAUACCAAGGCAGUGGAUGAUGGCUUCACCAACAAAAUCUCUUUCAAGCAAGAUGACAAGAAAAUUGUUCUCAAACCGUUAUCUCCUAGAGAGGUUUGUGAGGAUUAG